AAAAAAAUCUAUAAUAAAUUAACUCAAAACACAAUGGAAUACCGGUGCUCGAGAAGUUUAACAACCAAAAUUUUAGCAUUAUUUUGUAUUAUUAACUUAAAUGUCCACAUCGCCAGUGCCUCACUAUGGAACAGUUAUGGCAGUAGCAGCAGCAGCAGCAGUAGUGAUAGUAAAACAUUAAGUUUGGCCAGAUGUAGUGGCGGUAAAGGUUUAAAAUAUUUAUCCGGUGAUGCCUUAACAGAUUCAACCGAUUGUUUGGGUCCCAAUAAUUCACCCUAUCCCAGUGCGGCCGUGGCGCGAACAUUUACCAAUUGGAACGGAAGUUCACGACGUGGCCGUCAAAGUAAAUUGCCAUCAACAUUAGAUCCCGCCAUUACAACUAGUGCUCUAUUGAGGGCCUACAAUGAAGUUAAUAAUGAAGAUAUUGACAAUCAUCGUUUUGGUCGCUCAUUGAAGCAAACACCACAAGUCGACCAGUGCAGAAGUACACCGGCACGUUUGUGCAAGACACGCUACAACACCACAGCACCUAUGUAUGGUGUCAGUUUGACAUCUGGCCAACCCGUUACUAUUGUACAAAAAUUCCCCGAUCUCUUGCAACAAGUUGUUUUCGAAGUGUGCGAAUCUUCUGAAUGUGAUGUGGUCAGAGGCGAAUGCACUCAAACUUAUGUGCCUUAUUUAUUUUUGGUUAUACCUCUGGGUCCUGUGACCUUAACGGGCCAGGAUUAUGUUUUGGUAGAAAGUGGUUGUGUUUGCAAACCCAAAUAUUCGACAGGAGCGACUCAAGAACCUAAUAUGAUACCUUAGUUUAAUUAAGUUACAAGAAUGUAGUAUAGGCGGGACAAAUUGUUUUGAAAACAAUAACUAUAAUAUCUUAAAAAAAGCUAAAAA